UCGUUUCUCACACGGACACUAACACGGAAGUAGCACUUUAGCAGCGACUAACAUCCGCUGUUCUAAUCCUUUAAGAGCCGGGUCUUCGUUCAGUAGCAUGAAAAACAUGUUGACCAUUAUCUCUAACGCACUUUGUAGGAUCACUGGCAGGAAUGUGGGAGCCCAAACAGUGUCCGAGUUGCUGGUUGACCUGUCAGAGUACGUCAGUGUAACCUCUCCGGCGGCGCCCGCCUUGGCUCAGACCCGGCGGCAACCACGCAAACCACCACCAGUCAGUCCUAGAGCGUUAGCUAGCGCCCAGACCGACCAGCCAGACCAGCUGGACGGACCAGGUGCCAGAGUCGUGGUUUCUCGCUCCUUCGCCGAUUUCACCUCACAGGCGACCUUUGACAUCAAGAAGUGCGACGCGCACCGUCUGGAGGAGGGUCCUCCGGUGCAGGCGGAGCUGACCCGGGAUCAGGGUCUGCAGUAUUACCGCGUCAUGCAGACCGUGAGGCGCAUGGAGCUCAAAGCCGAUCAGCUCUACAAGCAGAAGAUCAUCAGAGGCUUCUGUCACCUGUAUGACGGACAGGAAGCGUGUGCCGUCGGCAUCGAGGCCGCCAUCAACCCCUCGGAUCACCUGAUCACCGCCUACCGCGCCCACGGCUACACGUACACCCGCGGGAUCUCCGUCAAAGAGAUCCUGGCCGAGCUCACGGGUCGUAAAGGGGGCGUGGCCAAAGGAAAGGGGGGUUCGAUGCACAUGUACGCUCCACAUUUCUAUGGAGGAAACGGCAUCGUGGGCGCACAGGUUCCUCUGGGAGCCGGCAUUGCUCUGGCCUGCCAGUACCAAGGCAACAACCAGGUGUGCGUCUCACUCUACGGGGACGGGGCGGCCAAUCAGGGCCAGCUGUUUGAGUCCUUCAACAUGGCCGCCCUGUGGAAGCUGCCGUGCAUCUUCGUCUGCGAGAACAACAAGUACGGCAUGGGCACGUCGGUGGAGAGAGCUUCAGCCAGCACCGACUACUACAAGAGAGGAGACUACAUACCAGGAAUCAGAGUGGACGGGAUGGACGUCCUGUGUGUCAGAGAGGCCACCAGGUUUGCUGCAGACCACUGCAGGUCUGGAAAGGGUCCAAUCAUCAUGGAGCUGCAGACCUACCGUUACCAUGGACACAGCAUGAGUGACCCAGGCGUCAGCUACCGCACGCGGGACGAGAUCCAGGAAGUGCGCAGUAAGAGCGACCCCAUCAGCAUGCUGAAGGAGCGCAUGCUCAGCAACAACAUGGCGUCAGUGGAGGAGUUCAAGGAAAUGGACGUAGCAAUCCGUAAGGAGGUGGAGGAGGCGACUCAGUUCGCCACAUCGGACCCAGAGCCGCCGCUGGAGGAGCUCUGCAACCACAUCUUCAGCAACGACUCGCCGCUGGAGGUCCGUGGGACCAACGCCUGGGUCAAACUCAAGUCUGUCAGCUAGAGACACACACACACACUCGGUAGUAAAGGAAAGCCCCUCCAGCUGCACCGACUCCCUGACCUUUAACAGAAUUAACAUUCAGCGCCUCCUUCCUUUGAUUUUUGGAUCAUUGUGCACCUUCAUGGGACCUGAAACCUGUCAGUGUUAUUUAUUUAUAGUUUUGUGUGUGUGUGUGUGUG